ACCGUAGCCCCUGCGAGUGGAGCCCGUGGCACGCGCUGCUGAAAGGAAGAGAAAGGCAAGAGAGUCGGGUUACAAGAUGGCGGCCGCGCUGUGGUAGUUGCUGAGGCGGCGGCGCGGAGUGAGGGGGCCGGGCUGGGGGCUCAACUUUCCCCUCUUGCCUUCAAGGAGCCAUGAAAAGCGGCGUGUUAAAGACCCCGCGCUGCCCGUGAGCGACUUUCCGACCCCGCGGAGGAGGCAAAGCGGCGCGGAGGCCCUGGUCGGGCUGCACCAUGUCGGACACCCGGCGGCGGGUGAAGGUCUAUACCCUCAAUGAGGACCGGCAAUGGGACGACAGGGGCACCGGGCACGUUUCCUCCACCUACGUGGAGCGGCUCAAGGGGAUGUCGCUGCUGGUGCGGGCCGAGUCAGACGGUUCUCUAUUGUUGGAAUCAAAGAUAAAUCCAAACACUGCAUAUCAAAAACAGCAGGACACCUUGAUUGUUUGGUCAGAAGCAGAGAAUUAUGAUUUAGCACUGAGUUUUCAAGAAAAAGCUGGCUGCGAUGAAAUUUGGGAAAAAAUCUGCCAGGUUCAAGGUAAAGAUCCAUCAGUGGAAGUCACACAGGACCUUAUUGAUGAAUCCGAAGAAGAACGCUUUGAAGAAAUGCCUGAAACUAGUCAUUUGAUUGAUCUUCCUACUUGUGAACUCAACAAACUUGAAGAGAUUGCUGAUCUAGUUACCUCUGUUCUCUCCUCACCCAUCCGUAGAGAAAAGUUAGCGCUUGCCUUGGAAAAUGAAGGCUACAUUAAAAAACUAUUGCAGCUUUUCCAGGUUUGCGAGAAUCUAGAGAACACUGAAGGUUUACAUCAUUUGUAUGAAAUUAUUAGAGGAAUUUUGUUCCUCAAUAAAGCAACUCUGUUUGAGGUAAUGUUUUCUGAUGAGUGUAUUAUGGAUGUUGUGGGAUGCCUCGAGUACGACCCUGCUUUGGCUCAGCCAAAAAGGCACAGGGAGUUCUUGACCAAAACAGCAAAAUUUAAAGAGGUUAUACCUAUAACAGACUCUGAACUUAGGCAAAAGAUUCAUCAGACUUACAGGGUACAAUACAUUCAGGACAUCAUCUUGCCAACACCAUCAGUUUUUGAAGAGAAUUUUCUUUCUACCCUCACUUCCUUUAUUUUCUUCAACAAAGUUGAGAUUGUCAGUAUGUUGCAGGAAGACGAGAAGUUUCUGUCUGAAGUUUUUGCACAAUUAACAGAUGAAGCUACAGAUGAUGACAAAAGACGUGAAUUGGUUAACUUUUUCAAGGAGUUCUGCGCAUUUUCUCAGACAUUACAACCUCAAAACAGAGAUGCGUUUUUCAAAACUUUGGCAAAGUUGGGAAUUCUUCCUGCUCUUGAAAUUGUAAUGGGUAUGGAUGACUUGCAAGUUAGAUCAGCUGCUACAGAUAUAUUUUCUUAUCUAGUAGAAUUUAGUCCAUCCAUGGUCCGAGAAUUUGUAAUGCAAGAAGCCCAACAGAGUGAUGAUGAUAUCCUCCUCAUCAAUGUAGUUAUUGAGCAAAUGAUCUGCGAUACUGACCCUGAGCUUGGUGGGGCUGUUCAAUUAAUGGGGCUCUUACGUACUCUGAUUGAUCCAGAGAAUAUGUUGGCCACAGCUAAUGUAAGAAAAUGCAAAGGGAAAACAGAGAAAAGUGAAUUUCUCAAUUUCUUCUACAACCAUUGUAUGCAUGUUCUCACUGCACCACUCUUGGCUAAUACUUCAGAAGACAAAUGUGAAAAAGAUGCAGUAGUUGGGUCCAACAAGAGUAACACUAUUUGUCCUGAUAAUUAUCAAACAGCACAGCUGCUUGCCUUGAUUUUGGAGCUGCUCACCUUUUGUGUGGAACACCACACAUAUCACAUCAAGAAUUAUAUUAUGAACAAAGAUUUGCUAAGAAGAGUAUUGGUCUUGAUGAAUUCAAAACACACAUUUUUGGCCUUGUGUGCUCUUCGCUUUAUGAGGAGGAUAAUUGGCCUGAAGGAUGAAUUUUAUAACCGUUAUAUCACCAAGGGGAACCUGUUUGAGCCAGUUAUAAAUGCUCUUUUGGAUAAUGGAACUAGGUACAAUCUGCUGAAUUCGGCUGUAAUUGAACUGUUUGAAUUCAUCAGAGUGGAAGAUAUCAAGUCACUUACCGCACAUAUAGUUGAAAACUUUUAUAAGGCACUUGAAUCUAUUGAAUAUGUUCAGACAUUCAAGGGGCUGAAGACUAAAUAUGAGCAAGAAAAAGACAGACAAAAUCAGAAAUUGAACAGCGUCCCAUCCAUAUUGCGUAGUAACCGAUUUCGCCGAGAUGCAAGAGCCUUAGAGGAGGAUGAAGAAAUGUGGUUCAAUGAAGAUGAAGAGGAAGAAGGUGAAGCUGUUGUACCUCCAAUAGAGAAAUCAAAACAGGAGGAUGACUUUCCAGAUAGUUAUGAAAAGUUUAUGGAAACUAAAAAAGCUAAAGAGAGUGAAGACAAAGAGAAUCUCCCAAAAAGGACUUCAGCUGGUGGAUUCAAAUUCACUUUUUCUCACGCUGCCAGUGCAGCUAAUGGAGCAAAUAGUACAAACAAAUCUGUAGCAGCUCAGACAUCACCAGCAAGUUCUAAUGGUUCCUCUUCAAAGAACACAAACUUGACUACAGCGGUAACAACCGCUAAGCAGGGAAGUCUAGUUGGCCUAGUGGAUUAUCCAGAUGAUGAAGAGGAAGAGGAAGAAGAGGAGACAUCCCCAAGGAAAAGACCUCGUCUUGGUUCAUAAAAACAUUGAAAUAAAUGUAUAUUAUGAGGUCUUAAAUGCUGCAACUGAUCGAAGAGCUAAAGAGUCUGAAUCAGAAAGCUUUCUCCCUUGAAUAUAUAAGAUAAUACAAGGAGUAGCAAAAGAAACUCAGUAUAUCAGUGAGAAAGGUUUAGUUCUGCAAACAUCAGGCUUCCAAGGAACUUAAUCUCUUUCUAGUAAAAUAAGGAGUCUGCCAUUCAGUUGGGAGGGGUGGGGGAGGGUUAGUAAUCAGAACCUGGAUGACAGCUUCUCAGCAAGGAAAGUCUCAGGUUUGGGGAGGGUACUGGGAGGGAGGAAGGUGUGGUUAACAACUUUUAAUAUUGCAGGGUUUCUCCAGUGUGUAACAGACCUAGAAAAAAAAUGUAAAGCUUCAGUUGUAAACCCAGUAAUCUUAAUUUUGUAAUGGUGCUGUCCAUUUUGUUCUUUUAGCAAUUGCCUCUUUUUUUAAAAAAAAUGAAGGGAAAAUAAUUCUAUUUCCAUAAAAAUAAAUUCAGAUUUUGGGACCAUUAGUUGCAAAUUUAAUAAAAUGUCUGACAAAUGGAGUGGGGAGCUUCUGGAAUAACAGUGCAUGUUGAGUUGUAAAAAACAUGAACUUUUCAACUCACAUUUUGAAGAGGAGAGGAAAAAAAGCAAGCUGGAUAAUGGACAGGUCAGUUAAUUUGAUUGUUUUUUUAAAUUGGAUAUCCAGCAAUAUCUAUGCCAAGGAUUGGUAGCUUCCAAAAAGAUCUCCAGAAACUGCUAGCAUCAAUAAACUAGUACUUUAAACUACACACUAAGUACAGCUAGCAGUUUUUCAGGUGAUAGAAGAUACUGAAUUGAGUCACUUUCUGUUUUAUUAGUGAAGCUCUCGUCCUUGAGCAGCAGGUGCGUUUUUGCAUUUGUAGGUUUAAAUUGUGUAAUUGAGGUGGUAAUAAGAAACACUAACAAAGGUUUUGAAAAGUGGCAUUUAACACCCAGAAGCCAUUUUGGACCAAGAUGGAAUUAUUACUAACAAUAUACCCGUCUGUUUGAGGCAGAAUCAACAUUCAGCAUCUGAACCUGUGUGUAAUACGAAAGCUGCUUUUUAAAGAGUAAAAGCACAUUCCAUGAAGGUAAACUAAUUGCAACCAAAAAAAAAAAAAACAGGUAAAUUGAUGGAGGUAAACCGUUUAAGAGGUUUUAUUUUCAAAGAGCAGCAAGUGAACUGUAAAUAUUUUAAUGUUAGUUGCCCCUAUAUGAUCUGAGAUCAUGCUGAAGUGAGGGGAAAAAACCCCACCAAACUACAAUUAAUGUGUCAGAGAUGCUAAACUAUGAAACCAGCUGCAAACCACCACAUAGAUCACUCUUGUAAUAUGUGUUAUGGGUCCAUUUCUCCUGGAAUAGUUUAAACUGAAACAGGUUUACCUGUUUUGGAGAUUUUGUAGUUAAUUUUAAUUUUAGCUAUUGUUUGGAAAAUAUGGACUGUCUGUGUAGAUAUGAAGUAUAGUUUUUUCCAUAAAACAGAAGUUUAUUUUGUAUUAAAAUACCACAGUACUUGUUUUACACCAUUUGUAUACAUGUGGUGAUAUAAAUGCUGAACUGUAACAUUCAGGAAUUAAAAUGUGACCCUGUAAUUCCAUAAUUAUUGCUUUUGUUUGGUUUGUUGUACAUGGUAAGUUAACUCAUAAUUUUGGAACGUGGCCAUUUUAAAGUAUUCUUUAAUAAGACAAACUAUUCAUGCAGUUUUAAAAAAAAAUUAUAUACCACUAGAUCAAAUACCAACCAGAAUGCAGGAGUUCUUAUCAACCAGUAAGCUAGAUACAAAACAUUCUGAUUGAUGACAGUUAAUGCGGGUGGAUCUGAGGGAAUUAUUGUUGCCCCUUAUGGGCUCCAGGCAAUCAAGAAUGUGGCCUCUCCUCUUAGCCUCCAACUCAAAGGCAGUGAGUAGGGAAGCUGGUUCAAGUGUGAUUGGAAUAUCAUCAUCAUGUGCUUGCUCUCCAGAUCUCAAUUUUCUUUUUUCCUGACAAGUCGUGUCUCUCCAUGCUUAAAGAUGACAAUUUCCUACAAAUUUAUAGUUAUCACUAAGAAGGCUCCAAAGUGAUGCAGAGUGUGCCUUUCCCCUUCAGAGGCUGAAAACAUCACCUGACCGCAAUCCAAUUUUUUUCUAAUAAAAAUUACCCUAAACAAAGUUCUUUGAUUUAAAAAGUGUUGAUUUUUCAUUUUUUCCCCCCUGUAACUUUUCCUUUCUGAAGAACUGCCAAGAGCUUUAAGGAUACAUUCAGACCAGCUCAUGAGCCUUUAUUCUAUAGCAAAUAUGUGAAUGUUGUGAAUUUUUAUAGUUACUCUAGAAGAAUAAAACUAUAUGAAGAGACAUUUGAUGUCACCUUAAGGUCUGAACAUUUUUAUCAAACUUUUUAAACCCCCUUUGGAGUGUGACAUAUGGAGCUCCCACUCAAACUGGCUAGCAUCCAGGGUCACCUGCCUCAGGCAAAGAUUCCUUUAUCUAUGACUUACUAUAUGCUGUCUGCAUUCUGCUAGGGGACAGAUACAUUCUAAUGCCUGGGGCCCCUCCACUACAGAUUUAAAAAAAAAAAAAAAUUACAUCUGCCAACAUGUAUCAGUUAUAAAUACUAUUUUAAUAAAAAGUUACAUGAAA